AUGCGUCGCGGUGAUAUCGCGACCAUCGCGAUAGCCCUUCUCGUUCUUGGGCAGAUCCAGGAGCCACGGCGAACCAGGGUGGUCGGAGCGGUGGUAGUCGGUGCGGCUGUCUGCGGCCGCAUCCCCGGCUUGGCGAAAAGUCAACGCGAGCAGUGCAGGAAAGCGCCGCACGCGAUGCCCGCGGUGGGCGAGGGUGCCGCUCUGGGUCUUCGCGAGUGUCGGCACCAAUUCAGGCAUCAUCGUUGGAACUGCUCCCACGUGGCCAAUGAUCAGGUCUUUGGCCACGUGGUGGUAGUAGGUAGUAGGGAGGCAGCUUUCACGUACGCGAUAAGCUCGGCUGGUGUCACAUACGCGGUGACCGCGGCUUGCAGCCGCGGCAACAUCACGGCCUGCGGUUGCGAACCUGCAGUCAGGACGAGAAAGGAAUUGCCGGCGAACGGCUGGGAGUGGGGCGGCUGCAGCGCGGACGUCACGUACGGGAUGAGGUUCGCGCGCAGGUUUCUGGACGCGAGGGAGAUCGAAGGAGACGCCCGGAGCUUGAUGAACCUUCACAACAACAAGGCCGGAAGAAAGAUAGUUAAAGCUCUUCUACAAACGGAAUGUAAAUGCCACGGUGUCUCCGGAUCGUGCACCGUGAGAACGUGUUGGAGAACGUUACCUAGUUUUCGCCAGAUCGGUGACGCGCUGAUGAAAAAGUAUUACAGGGCUCGUCCGGUUAUCGCCGUUACGCCGCCUCCCCCUCCAACGGUACAGACCAUGGACACGCUGUCACAUUCCAUGUCGCCAGAAAUGGUGCCCAUACUGGGCAACGACGCCAAAACUCAGGGCAAGCCAGGCGAUUUUGCAAAGUCGCGACACGAUCGGCAGCCUUCGAAAAAGACCACUAAGCCAAAGAGGCCGCACUUGCUCAUCAAGAGGACGAAAGCGAGCGGCGGUUCUGGUAUGAGUCUGAAGAGGAUUCCAAAGAGAAGCGAGCUGGUUUAUCUACAAAACUCCCCCAAUUAUUGCGAGCCAGAUCUGGCUCAGGGCAGCCUCGGCACACAAGGCAGAUAUUGCAAUCGUACUAGCAAAGGAACUGACGGAUGCGAUUUGAUGUGCUGCGGCCGGGGCUACAACACACACCAAUUCACGAGGACGUGGCAAUGUAGAUGCAAGUUCCACUGGUGCUGCCGUGUUCACUGCGAGACCUGUACCGAACGAACUGAAGAAUACACUUGCAAAUAACAACAUCACGACAUGCAAAGUGUACAUUUACACAUACAUAUAACGAAUGUAACAUCGAUUCGGACGAAACUGCGCCCCGAUAAAUAAAAAGGGACCGACUUAUUGAGACUACUGUUUACAUUUCUUGUUGUCGCAAAAAGAAAAACAAUACGCCGAGAGAUAUGAUAUGCGUAAAAUAUCUUACUCUG